GCGGGUGUUUCUCUCAGCUGCCUGCUGGUCUGGUUGCUGUUGGUAACUUUGCUUGAUGAGAUCAGAGGGGAUCGGCUUUCAGGCCUCUGUGUCUCUCUCUCUCUCUCGCUCUCCCUCCUGCUCUCUCGUCCUCCCUCUGGAAGAGCGAAGUGGAACUGAAACUGGAGUCGGGCUGAAAGUCUGUUCUCCGUGCUGCUGGUUGUCAGCGGAGAACGUCGUGAUGGUGCUGCCUUGGAAACACUCGCCGUCGCUGGAGUUGGAGUGCAAGAAUGGCAGCUGCUGCGUCUUACUGAAGACAUUUGUGGCAUGAAACCAGAUCGCAUACAUCUUUCACUCACCAUCUCCUCCUCCUCCUCCUCCUCCUCCUUCAUCUCCCUCCAUCACUCUCCAGUUAGGAACGCUCCCUUCAGCUUUACCGCAUUGAUGAGGUAACGCCAAGCAUCCGCGCAGCGCAGCACCCACCUGCAUUAAUACCACCCCUCCCACCCCCUCCCCCCCCUCUACCAUCCCUCCCAUCCCUCCCAUCGCCGCCAUGGGCCAGAAGAUCUCUGGCGGCAUCAAGUCCGUAGAUGGCCGCGGGGAAAGUGGGGGCUCCCCGUCCUACCGGCCCACUGCUCACCGUAGGCAGCACCCGGAGCUCAGGGGUCCAGAUUUUGCCAAACCCCCGAGGCUGGAUCUACUGCUGGACAUGCCGUGCGCGGGACUGGAAACCCAGCUCCGUCACGCGUGGAACCCAGACGACCGUUCCCUCAACAUCUUCAUCAAAGACGACGAUAAGUUGACUUUUCACCGCCACCCGGUCGCUCAGAGCACGGAUUGCAUCCGGGGGCGGGUCGGCUACACGCGGGGUCUCCACGUGUGGAGAAUCCACUGGCCCGCCCGGCAGCGAGGCACCCACGCCGUGGUGGGCGUGGCGACCGCCGAGGCUCCUCUACAUUCUGUUGGGUACACGGCGCUCGUCGGGGCGGACUGUGAGUCCUGGGGCUGGGAUCUGGGACGGAACAGACUCUACCACAACAGUAAGAACCGGGCCCACAGCUUGCUGCCCUUUUACCCCUGUUUCCUGGAGCCCGAGGAGUCGUUCAGUCUACCGGACUCUCUGCUAGUCAUUCUGGACAUGGACGAAGGGACGCUAAGCUUCAUGGUGGACGGACAGUAUCUAGGAGUGGCAUUUCGAGGGUUAAAAGGAAAGAAGCUGUACCCCAUCGUCAGCGCUGUGUGGGGACAUUGUGAGAUAUCUAUGAAGUACAUCAAUGGCUUGGAUCCUGAGCCUCUUCCUCUGAUGGACCUGUGUCGGCGUGCGGCCCGCCUGGCGCUGGGUCGGGACCGGCUGCAGGAGAUCGAGACCCUCCCGCUGCCCCAGUCCCUCAAAAAUUACCUCCAGUACCAGUGACAGUGACCAGCAGGGCAAACUGGACACAAAGCAAACCACCAAGAGGACGUCUGCUGAUGGUUGACAGGACGGGAUAACAGAUGACUGAUGGAGACAGUGCGCCCAUACGGGGAGCACUGCGGCUCGGAGUGAUUUACAAAAGGAUGCAUACGAGGAUGGUGGAUGAACCGACAUGAGUUCUGUAGUUUUUUUUUUUUCUUUUUCUUUUUUCGUUUUAGACUUGAAAUAAAUUAUUGAUGGUGGAAUCCCAUCAGAGUCUCACUCAUCCAGAAUGAAAGUCCAGGCUGUGAUGGCACAGUGUGGUUCAGUGGUGAAUAAAGACAGAGGUAACCACCGCCACCUAGUGUCCGGGAUGAAAACUGGCGCGUAGAAAGCACACUAUUCCCAUCCAUGGAGGCCUUUCUGACAUGCCGUCAGUGACCAUAUCAUUGCUUUUGGAAACCGUCGUAUGUAUUCAUGAUCUCCACUGGCACAGGUGACAGGAUGCGGAGUCUUGAUGUCCAAGAGGAUUUUAGCUCUAAUGUGGUUUUUAUCUGAUUGACUCGGGGCCCAGCUGAAAGCUCACGCCGCAUACAGAGUAGAUUAAACACGGCUCGGAGGUGAAUGUAAAGUUCAGCACAGGAAAUCAGUAUGCCAAACUUAUCUCAAGGCUUUAUGCAAACAUUUGCAGAAAGCCGAGCCCUUUUCAGACAUGUAACAUUACCAAUCUGGCUACUCGAAUAUUGGCUUUUUGACAUUUGUACUGGGGAUCUUCAGGAUGGAUACAGAUGCUCACAGUCCUGUCAUGGUGUUCUGGUACCUGGUGCAGCACUGAAUAAUGCAGUCGCAUAGGCAAAAUAAAAAUCACAACAGCAGUGAUUGAAGUUUGCUGCAAUUUAAGUCUUAAUUAAUUAGCAUUGUCAGAAUGACAAUUUUAAAGUGUCUUAGAGCAUCAUACCUUUCAAUUACUCUUGUAUAAUAUCUGAAGAAUGCGCAGGCACAUGCAUCAGGAGCAGCAGGAUUGUAUAGCAGGACCCUGGUUUAUGUGCAAUAUGAAAAACAUUUUAUAUGCAUGUUGCCGGGCCGCACAGUGGAGCGGCGGGUUCAAAUCCCAGCUCUCUGUGUGGAGUCUGCAUGUUCUCCCCAUGUGUGAUUGAGUUUUGGUUUGCGUUUGUGUGUGUUUGCCCUGUGACUACCCAGGAUGUAUCCUGGGAUACAUAUCUCAGGGGCCCUCUGGCCCCGAACAGAACGAGCGUUUAGGAGCUGAAUAAAUCUGCAAAAAUUAAGAACAUUCCAAUAACUAGGGUUGAUUUUUAGAACAGAUUUAAACUUCAAAUUUCUCUUUAAUUGUGUCUUUAAAAAAAAUGUCACAUUUCCUUUGCUCUUACACCUCCUAAAGAUCAAUCACAUCAAUCUGAAGAUCAUCAGGAACAGGAAGAGGAUGUUAGAACCAGAGAGAUUUGCUCAUCUGCUCCAGCAGAACGGUGUGGGCGCAGCUUCGUCAGACGUCACUGACAAUAACUGAACGACCCACGGACUGUCGCCUCAUUUUAACGCCAGUCAGGACCAAAGCAUCACCAAAUGUUACACAUUUCACAGCGAGAGUAAAUCCUCAGAAGAGGAAAUACAAAGUAAUUCAGACUGUUUUAUUUUUUCAGAAUAGUAGUGUGAGAGAAAUGAGGUGCGAAGGCAAGCAUGCUGUGGUUAAUGUGUUUCUGAUGUGCGGGCAUUAAAAUAAGUUUUCAGCUAAAUGAGUUUCAUGUCAGAGGGGGGCUUCGUUGAAGAACUGCACCGGAAGAAUCUGCUUGUCGUGUUUCAUUAGAUCUCAGAGUAUUUUUCACAGUAAACCGGAGUAUUUCAAACCGAGCCAUGGAGUGUGUGUGAGAGCUGUAGGUUGAGGCCCGGCGCUUAAAUAGUGCUAACAUGCUGUUACAAGUUCGAGACCCCUGCUGUUGUUUGUAGCGCCCCGCUGUAGCUCACUGAUAGCAAGCAGCAUCUGUCUGCUCUCUGCACAUCUGUCUUAAUGACCACACGCCACAAACCCAGCGGGACCAGAGCAGAUCGAAACACUGGAUCCAGGACGAAGACUAGCGCUGCAGGGUGACAUUACAGCCGCUGAGCAGCGUGGCGGAGAUGACCAGGACACACACACACAAGACCAAUCACGCUUUUUUUACCUAAACAAAAGCUUGACUCACUUUUUUCCUUUUUUUUUUUCUUUUUUUUUCUUUUUUUACUUCUGAGUUUGUAUCAUUCAUUACUAAUAUUGUCAUGAUUGUGAGCGUGGGCUCUGACUCUGAUGGCGGUCAGAUGAUGACAGCGACCGUGUUUAUUUAUCACAUCAAGUUUUGUUUGUUCUGUUAAACUGAUCAUUGACGGUUACAUUCAGGUAAAGUUAAGACAAAGAUGCUGGUGAUGAAGGGAGAGGAAAAAACAAAACUUGUUUCUUCAAUGCUGCUUUUAUUUUUGUUAUUACUAUUGUUGUACUUAUUAUUAUUAUUAUUAUUAAUAUUAUUUGGCGGCGGUCUUACCUGCUGUUUAGGUUGGUGAGAAAAGGACCAUUUGAAGUGAGUGUGGGAAUGUAUGGACAGGCGGUGCAGUUGAUAUGUCAACAGUUAUGAAAUGUGAAUAAAAGCCAAGUGA